UGACAGAUGCUAGGCCUGGGUUGCAGGUCACGAGUCCCCGAGUCCCCCGUGGACCACCCGUGGUCUCCCCGGGUCUCCGGUCCGAGUUUCACCCCCAGAUCGCAGAUCCAACAGGCUCUUUGACCGGGGAAGAGCCGCAGAGAUUCGCUCUAUUUUUCUUCUCAGUUUAGAUCCAAACGGGUUCUGACCAAUCACCGCUCUUCAGGGUCGCGGGGGCGGGGCCAGGCUCUCACACCACUCACACUGUGUAUGGUUGCCACGUGGGUUGGAAGGGCGCCUCCUCCGAGUGUACGAGCAUUACGCCUACGGCUGCGCAGAUUACCUCGCCCUGAACCUAAACGAGGAGCUGCACUCCUAGACUGCAGCAGACCAGGCUGCUCAGAUGACGAAGUGCAAGUGCGCGCGAGGCUGGUGUGGCUUAGCUCUACAGCUCUAUCUCGAGAGGAAAUAUAUGGAGUGGCUCGUCAGAUACCUGGAAAAGGGGAAGGAAACCCUACAGCGGACAGACCCCCCCCCAAACACACCUGUGACCCAUCAUGCUAUCUCUGACAGUGAGGUCACUCUGAGGUGCUGGGCCCAGAGCUUCUACCUGGUGGAGAUCGCGCUGACCUUGCAGUGGGACAGGGAGGACCAAACCCAAGACACAGAGCUUGUGGAGACCAGGCCUGUGGGGUACAGGACCUUCCAGAAGUGGGUGGCCAUAGUGGUGCCCUCUGAAGAGGAGAAGAGAUACAAGGGGCUGCUUGAGACCCUCUCCCUGAGAUGGGACCCACAUUCCCAGCUCAUCAUCCCCAUCAUGGGAAUCAUUGCUGAUUUGGUUCUCCUUGGAGCUGUGGUCGCUGGAGUUGUGCUCUGGAGAAAGAAGAGUUCAUGUAUAGAGGUGUGGAGUCUGAGUUUUCUGGACGGUUUCAAGCCUCAGAUAUAACAGAGAGAAGCAAGCAGAGAGGAGAAGGAUCUACUACCACCA